GCUGUGUCACACAAGCAGCCACAGUUUACGUCUGUGCAAUUUUAAUGCGGCAUCCACUCAGGACAGCAUAGUGACUGUGCGAACGUACUUGCGAGACACACCACUCAGAGAGAGACGCGCUACUUUAUUUUUACCGACUUGACCUCGGGAUAUGAUACAGAGCUGUUGCCAGGUUUUGAACCACUAUUACGCACGAAUAUAUUGGAUUUAUUGUCGUGUGGAAUAAAGACGCAUAUUUGAAAAUGAACCCGCCGUGCGCGCGCUGUGGGAAAAUUGUCUAUCCGACAGAGAAAGUCAACUGCCUUGAUAAGAAUUGGCAUAAAGGAUGCUUCCACUGCGAGGUGUGUAAGAUGACCCUGAACAUGAAGAACUACAAAGGCUACGAUAAGAAGCCCUACUGCAAUGCGCACUACCCCAAGCAGUCCUUCACCAUUGUGACUGACACCCCAGAGAACCUGAGACUGAGACAUCAGAGUGAAUUGCAGAGCCAGGUGAAAUACAAAAAGGACUUUGAGGAUAGCAAAGGCAGAGGCUUCAGCAUUGUAUCUGACACACCAGAGCAACAGAGACUGAGGAAGACACAGGAGCAGAUCAGUAAUGUAUGCUUCUGUGUGGUCACUUCCUCUAUAUCCCCUGGUCUCCAUGGUUACCCCUCCUUACUCUUCCUGUCCUUGUUACCUCAUCACACCCCUGACCUUAGUUGCCCGCAGGUCCUCCAGGGGGAGGAUAGGGUUACGGGCACCAUCGUCCCAGAUGUGGCUCAUUAA